GCUCUUAUCUGUGUUCCCAGUCCUGUAGUAUCCCCAUCCUUGCCCCUCAGCUCCCCUCUUCCCUCCGGUUUCCCUGCUGAUUCACUCCCGCCUCUGCCUACCACAUCCCAGCUAUGGCCCUGGUUCUGCAGCUGCUGCCUCUGUUGUUCUCAAGGGUCCAGGGCGAUCUCCAGGUUUCUCUGGAGGGCAGCCCUGGGGACCGGGUGAAUCUUUCCUGCAUAGGGGUCUCAGACCCCACCCGCUGGGCUUGGGCGCCUAGUUUUCCGGCCUGCCAGGGCCUGUCCAAAGGGCGCCGUCCGAUCCUGUGGGCUUCGUCGAGCGGGACCCCAGCUGUGUUCGCACACUUCUCGGGUCGCCUGCGUUCCCUGGACACUGGUAUCAAGCGGCUGGAGCUGGUGCUGAGCCCCGGGGACUCUGGCACCUUUUUCUGCAAAGGGCGUCAAGAGAAUGAGAGCCGCACAGUGCUUCAAGUGUUGGGGGACAAGGCAGACUGCAGGGCUUCGGGAUCUACUACACACGGUUCCGGGUAUCCCAAGGUCCUGAUUCCUCUGCUGGUCCUUGGGCUGGGGCUGGGACUGGGUGCCUCGGGCUUGGUCUGGUGGCGGCGCAGGCACUCGCCCCCGCCCCCGCCCCCGCCUCGACCACUCCCCACAUUUGCUCCAGUCAUAAAUGCUGAGCCGCAGAGUCCUUUAGAACAGGAGUACAAGAAUUCAGGCCACCUGGACCAGGAGCCGAGCCUGCACUAUGCUGAUCUGGACCACUCAGUCCUCGGGAGCCACCGCCGGAUGCCCACAGUGGUUCCUGGUGAUGCUUCCACGGUCUAUGCGGUUGUAGUUUAAAGGGAAACUCUUGCUCUCCAAACCGCCCAAUCUGGGGCUUCUCUUCACUCAGCUGAAGGGGGAGGCACCAUGGACAGAGGCAAUAGUCUUAAGAGUCUGGACACCUAAGUUGUAUCUGCAAACUAUUCAAACUAUUCGGCUUUUUAAGCCACUCCCAUCUCCUAUAAUAUCUUUCCUUCACCACUGGUGCCCUCUCUAUAGAUGACCAAGCUAUCGUAAGUUUUAACUCCCAAUGGAUAUCCUGUCUGUUUCCUCUCCAAACAAGCAUUUUGAACUUAAGGCAAUCGCUCGCUUCCUUUUCCUGCCUUAUUCCAUUCCCUGUGCUCAUUAGCUGCAGCUGCUCAUCUACUGUCUGUAAGGUUGCCAGUGAUGUCCUAGACCACAUGGUAACAUUCACGAACUUGUCCUUAGAUCACCUCUCUUUAAACCCUCGUUUACUUUGUCGCUAAAGACUUUCUUCUAGAUGCCCUGCCACUGUUUGCCUUUCUCCUUACUCCUCUUCUAGGAAGCUAGCCAACCCUCAGCCCCCUUCCCUCCAACCCAGAUCUCAGAGUUGGCACACCCUGUCCAGCUGGCCUCGGGCAUUUUACACAAAGCAUAUCAAAACUGACUUAGUCAUUUCCCAAGCUAUUCCCCGGUCCCUCCUCUGCAGUCUCAUGACCAACCCAAGUUGCCCAAGCCAGAAACUGGGAGUGAGAGGACACCAAGUCCUUCUCUCCCACACAGGGACUUAUAAAGCUCCCCCUACCCCAUCUUUCCUUUAAAAACAGGCUCUCCUGUAGCUGAGGCUAGCUUUGAACCCCUGAUCCCUGUCUCUCCACCUUCAGUGCUGGGGUUACAGACAUGCACCAGCACACAAUGCCUUGUCUUAGUGUUACUGUCAAAUCUUUACCUAUCUCCAUGUCUAGUGCUGCCACCAGAACGUACUCUCAUCAUUGCUGCAUGGGUGGCCCACAGUCCCUUCUGGUCCUCCUGCCCUCCAGAGCAUCCACCACAGCUCCUCUCUCCUGAGGCUUCGGCUUUGGGGUCACAGGUGCUGCAGCCCUUUGUGUACUCUUAGGCUUAUCUGCCAUUUCCUGUGUACAUGAGCCCAGUUUACAUUAUCCACAAUUUCCUCCCUACAAUAUUCAUUGGCCCAAUGAAAUAAAUUCCAUCUCCUGGAUUCCUUCUCCCUCUUCCUCA